AUGACGGCAGCACAUUACGAAUGUUCUUUGCAUGGUCGAAUUUCUGGUAAUUUAAAGUCAAGACUUUUUGAUAGGCUUGUUGGAAUAUGUGGUACACAACCAAUACCAACUUUUGAACAUGAAAUUGGAUUUAUACCUACAACUCAAACGCCAGAAGGGCCUUCGCGUAAUGAUGAUGUUUUAUUAAGAUUAAAAUCGCCAAUUAACGAAAAGGGUCCAGAUAAACGUCAAUGGCAAUUAUGUCAACUUGGUCAUCCGGAAACCAACAGAAGUUAUACUGUUAGACCAAUCUUUUAUUCAAAAUUUCUUAACGGAGAUGCACUUAAAUUCAUGAAUGUUCUUGGAUAUAAGUUCGCUUUUGAAUUUGCUAAAAAAGGGAAUGUAUUCACAUAUCGAGAUGCAUUAAAAAUUUCUAUUACCCAAAUUUUCACUUUAGAAAAACUUCACGAUAUAACUUCUAUAAAACCAUUUGAUAAUAAAGAUAAUUUUAUUGUUGAAAUAUUAUCAUGUUUAACCCCUAAAGAUGGUGUUGAAAAUGUAUGUAAUACACUCAAAGAAUUUACUGGAAUGUUGAAGGGGACUUUAGAUUUACAUCACGUUGAGCAUUUAAGUUUACAAAAUAAAAUCAAUUAUUCUUAG